AUGGCCUUCCGCUCCCGCUUCCUUUCGGGCCGAUCGCAAGCGCCCUGCUCCCGCAGCAGCCCGACACUCUCUUUCCCCUCUCAUCCAGGGAGCAGGGCGCAGGGCGAGGACCCCCAGCGAGCCAGCUGGGGCGCCUGCCCGCUGGGUGCCCGGAGGCUGAGUCGCCGGGGUCGGGCCGCAGUGAGCCCCGCUUCCCUGCUGGGUUCCACGAAGGCCAGGCCCAGCAAGGCGGGCUGUGGACCCCCAUCAGGACGGACAGAGGCUGGCAGCCUCUUCCCUUGCCGUCUUCUCCAGCAGAGCAGCGCUGGGACAGUGGCUGCACGGUGGCGGGCUGGUCCCAGGUCUCCCUGCGGAUUAAGAAAGCUUCUGGGGGCAGGAGAGAGAGGAGCUGGAGCCAGAGACCUCAGCAUGAACAACCUCACGGAGCUUCAGCCUGGCCUCUUCCGGCACCUGCGUUUCCUGGAGGAGCUGCGUCUCUCGGGGAACCACCUCUCCCACAUCCCAGGACAGGCAUUCUCUGGCCUCUACAGCCUGAAGAUCCUGAUGCUGCAGAACAACCAGCUGGGAGGAAUUCCUGCCGAGGCUCUGUGGGAGCUGCCGAGCCUGCAGUCUCUGCGCCUAGAUGCCAACCUCAUCUCCCUGGUCCCGGAGAGGAGCUUUGAGGGACUGUCCUCCCUCCGCCACCUCUGGCUGGAUGACAAUGCACUCACCGAGAUCCCUGUCAGGGCCCUCAACAACCUUCCUGCCCUGCAGGCCAUGACCCUGGCCCUCAACCGCAUCAGCCACAUCCCUGACUUCGCCUUCCAGAACCUCACCAGCCUUGUGGUGCUGCAUCUGCAUAACAACCGCAUCCAGCAUCUGGGGACCCACGGCUUCGAGGGGCUGCGCAAUCUGGAGACACUAGACCUGAAUUAUAAUGAGCUGCAGGAGUUCCCCGUGGCCAUCCGGACCCUGGGCAGACUGCAGGAACUGGGCUUCCACAACAACAACAUCAAGGCUAUCCCCGAGAAGGCCUUCAUGGGCAACCCUCUGCUGCAGACGAUACACUUUUAUGAUAACCCAAUCCAGUCUGUGGGAAGGUCGGCUUUCCAGUACCUGCCUAAACUCCACACGCUAUCCCUGAAUGGUGCCACAGACAUCCAGGAAUUCCCAGACCUCAAAGGCACCACCAGCCUGGAGAUCUUGACCCUGACCCGCGCGGGUAUCCAGCUGCUCCCACCGGGGAUGUGCCAGCAGCUGCCCAGGCUCCGAGUCCUGGAGCUGUCUCAUAAUCAGAUCAAGGAGCUGCCCAGCCUGCACAGGUGUCAGAAGUUGGAGGAAAUUGGCCUCCAACACAACCGCAUCUGGGAAAUUGGAGCAGACACCUUCAGCCAGCUGAGCUCCUUACAAGCCCUGGACCUAAGCUGGAACUCCAUCCGGUCCAUCCACCCGGAGGCCUUCUCCACUCUGCGCUCCCUGGUCAAGCUGGACCUGACAGACAACCAGCUGAGCACCCUGCCCCUGGCCGGGCUUGGGGGCCUGAUGCAUCUGAAACUCAAAGGGAACCCGGCUCUGUCUCAGGCCUUCUCCAAGGAGAGUUUCCCAAAACUGAGGAUCCUGGAGGUGCCCUACGCCUACCAGUGCUGUGCCUACGGUGUCUGUGCCAGCUUCUCUAAAACCUCUGGGCAGUGGCAGGCUGAGGACGUCCACCUGGAGGAGGAGGAGGCUCCAAAGAAGCCCCUGGGCCUCCUUGCUGGACAAGCUGAGACCCACUACGACCUGGACCUGGACGAGCUACAGCUGGAGAUGGAGGACUCAAAGCCACACCUCAGUGUCCAAUGCAGUCCUGUUCCUGGCCCCUUCAAGCCCUGCGAGCACCUCUUUGAGAGCUGGGGCAUCCGCCUGGCCGUGUGGGCCAUCGCGCUGCUCUCUGUGCUCUGCAACGGGCUGGUGCUGCUGACCGUGUUUGCUGCCGGGCCCGGGCCCGGGCCCCUCUGCCUGCCCUACGCCCCGCCCGACGGCCAGCCCGCCGCCCUGGGCCUCGCGGUGGCCCUGGUCCUGCUGAACUCCUUCUGCUUCCUGGUGGUGGCCGGUGCCUACAUCAGGCUCUACUGCGACCUGCCGCGCGGCGACUUCGAGGCUGUGUGGGACUGCGCCAUGGUGAAGCAUGUGGCCUGGCUCAUCGUCGCCGAUGGGCUCCUCUACUGCCCCGUGGCCUUCCUCAGCUUCGCCUCCAUGCUGAGCCUCUUCCCGGUCACCCCUGAGGCACUCAAGUCGGUCCUGCUCGUGGUGUUGCCCCUGCCUGCCUGCCUGAACCCCCUGCUGUACUUGCUCUUCAACCCCCACUUCCGGGAUGACCUUCGGAGGCUCUGUCCCUGGGCAGGGACCCCGGGACCCCUAGCCUACGCGCCGGCCAGUGAGCUGGAGAAGAGCUCCUGCGACUCCACCCAGGCUCUGGUGGCCUUCUCUGAUGUGGAUCUCAUUCUGGAAGCUUCUGAGGCUGGGCGGCCCCCGGGGCUGGAGACCUAUGGCUUCCCCUCAGUGACCCUCAUCUCCUAUCAGCAGCCAGUGGCCCCCAGGUUAGAGGGGAGCCAUUUUGCAGAGCCAGAGGGAGCCCAGUUUGGGACCCCACAGCCCUGCCCAGAUGGAGAACUGCUGCGGAGAGCAGAGGGAGCCUCAGGAGGGGACCCCUCCGUGAGUGGGGUCUUCCGGCCUUCUGGCUCAGUUUUUGCCCCACACUUAUAAAUGUCCCUCCCCUCUCUUCUCUAUCACUUCCCUUCCCUCUUCCCACUUCGUGAAUGAUGGCUGCUUAUGAAAUAAAUAUGUACAACCAAAAUUCAACAGUGUGACCCACAGCAGGCUGCGCCAGGUCCUGGCUUCUUUCUCCCAUGGUCAUGACCUUGAGUGUUCUUUGGCCUACUUUCUCCUUGGCCUUCCUCAGUUUCAUCUUCAUUGCUGGCCUCUUCCCUGUCCUGUCCAAAGCUGUGGAGGAGAGACCUAAAUCUUCGCUUAAGGGAAGUGAGGGAAGUAGAAGUGAAGGGAGUAGGAGUCAGGAUAGGAUCAGGAUCAGGGCACAGUGGAUAGGGAGAACUCAGAGAUCUGGAAGGGAACCAACCACCAAAGGCAUUUGGGUCUCUGUCCUGUAACUCAUAGAAGGGAUACCAAAAGUAUUCUGUGUUCCAUUAGUCUUGAUACAUGUCAUGCAAAAAUACUUGCUAUAAAAUAAGCUUUGGAAGAGAUGACACAUUAUGACCCUUUCUUAGAGAUCCCCAGGGUAUGACAGAAUAGUCAAGGCCCUGGAAAUUCCUCCAACAGUAAAAUCUAUUGAACUUUGUUUAAUCCAGUUGGUUCCCCCAAACUAUUUGACAACAGGUUUUUGUCUGGUUCUUGGUCUUUGUGAAAUGCCCAUUAAUAUCUCAGGAAACCUAGCACUGUGCUCUCCCAGGAGGUUCAUAGCUGGAUCACACAGUGCUUCCCAGGGAUAUCACAAGAUGCUACCAUUCCUUGAAAGCCCAUACCCUAGGAAAUCUACCUGGGAUGAAAUGUCAGGGGCGAGUAGUAUUCCACCAGCCAGGACAGAUUCUCCACACUCUAUCUUCCACCCUGCUUAUUUUACCAGGGUGGGAAGGAGCCAGGCCCAAGGCCCUGAGGUGGAACAGGGAGAAAGGGUGUCCCUUGGGUGUGCUCCCACUCCCUACGUACCUGACCACCAAUGACAUUUACUCCAGCACCAGGAAAGAGUCCUGGAUCCUGGCAAUGUACACGAGGAAGUGUGUGGCUGUCUGUCUGGGUUCCCUCGAGCUGUGUUGCCUUCUUAUGGUUCUCUAUCAUAUAUGCCCCCACCACUUCCUCCCACUGGACUGGUCCUCCUUUUUCAGCCCAGAUCCUGCCAAAGAGAAAGGAUAAUUUUACUGGAAGCAUUACAUUUUAGGAAGUAUUGAUAUCUGGGACUCCUGGGUGCCCCCAAACAAGCCACUGACCCUUCUGCCUGUCCCCUCAUGACCUUCCUACCUUAUGUCUUACCAAACCUUAGGGUUUCUUCAGAGUGCUCCACCCCAUCCCAAAUAUGCCUUCAAUCUCAGCUAGGUCACUCUUGCAGACACAAAGGGUGAUUCUUGCUGACAUAAAAAGAGAAUCCAGGGAUGGGAGUGUAGCUUAGUGGUAGAAUGUUCUAGCAUGCACAAAGCCUUGGGUCUGAUCCCCUGAAUCCUGUCAUGGUCCUCAGCUGAGUCCUACUGUAAAGGGUUCCAUCAUUAAGAUAUCCCUGAGAAAGCCCUUCUCCUACUUUCAAAAUUCAAGUUAUUGUAACUUGGUUUCUCUGUUAUCUCCCUGCUAUUCCCCGUGCCCAGUGGAAUCUCUGACACAAGUCAACAAGGCUGCCCAGGCUGGGAUGGAGGGACAAGGCAAGAGACAUUCGUGGAAACUGACAUCUCUAAAUCAAAUUUGACUAGUUGAGUUACCUGGACUCUUACAGGCUCUGAACCUCAGGUGCUGACCUUAUAACUCCUUAGGGUCCCCUAGCAUGGGUGAACUUCAGUUGGCGCUCACUAAAUGAUGCCGCAUUUAUUUAUCACUUGUUUGAGGAUCUCUUGUCUCCUUAUUUGCAAAGGGCUGAUCAAGGCUUAGGCCUCAAUGGAGGAAGUUACUUUGGGUACUAAGAAUUGAUAAUUCUUAUCAAGGAAAGGCAUUCUCUGAGGUAUCCUAGGGCUGACAAAAUCGGUGUGAUUUUGGGGAGGCUUGACUUCUAGGAAGUUACUGAAGACCCCCACCCCGAACCCACCUUGUGAUCACUGUUCCCCUUGGGUUUGGGGAGCCAGGCUGGAGGUGGGAUGGAGAGGCCAUGUGUUGGAGGUGUAGUUUUAGAAGCUUUUCCCUACAGGUGCCCUCUUCUAUGAAAAAGUGGCCAUGCUUCUUGGCUUUGAGCUAUAGGGUGGCACUGCUGUCACCUUCUGUCUACUUCUAAAGACGUGGGCAUCUGAUGAUGUGGAACUUUGUGCUCACAAGAGAGGUGUGGGAGAAGGGAGUGAAGGCAUUUUCCAUAAACUUCAUUGUUCAAAAAGUCUAGCUGAUAUUGUACAUUUACCCCAAAUAAGACUGUUCCAUUGUUUAUUUUUUGUUUUUGACUGAAUUUCUAGAAAGUCAGUAUGUUACACCUGUGGUUAUCUCCUUUGUGAUAAGCAGCAAAUCAUGAAAAUUAUAUAUGUCUUUGAUUAAUCACAAAAAUCAAAAGCCAAGUUGCUCAAUGCCCAUAAAUUCAUUUUGUCUGGUUGACAAAAUCUACCAAAAUGGUGUCCAUGGGAAAGGGUCCACCCAAGCGGGCGAUGGUGAUGGAAAUUUUGGCCAUACCUGACCUGUUAUGUGCUGCCCUAGGCUCCAUGUGUUGUGCCUUGGCCACUGGUGCCAAUCCGUGUCCUCUCAGACUGAUUUGUCAAGGGCGACUUCUUAUGGUAGGCCAUAGUUUGCUAAACACCUCUGCACACACUGAAAGGAAACCCCCAAGAAUCUAGAGCUAAAAUGGGAAGACUAUGGACUAAACAGAUUUAACAGCUGGGCCUUCUCCCUGCCUUCUUUUCCCAACUUCACAGUUUCUUUCUCUGGAAGAAUAAAGUCUUAAUGGAUAAAGGAGAGGAAGAAGGAAGUGCUGACAACAGUUCUGAGUAGGCAAGGAUGGUGGGAGGUAACCAAAGCCCUGGUCCCUUCUGGCACCAUCCCCUCUAACUACCUCCGCUCUGGUUUAGCAAGUUCUCCCAGCCUUUGUUCACCACUCCUGUGUCCCUUCUGGGUUCCAGUCCAUGCCCUCUCCAGUUGUAUGAAAUAUAAGAAUUGUCAAGAUGUAAAUAUUUGGGCUCUUCUGUAUAAUAAAG